UGAGCCUGCCAAACCCUAAAAUGAAGAAGGAAAACUCAAAAUAAGGAAAUCUCUGUUCUACCUCUCUCUGCGAGUGUACUGAGAAAGAUAAGUAGCAGUGCGUGAAGGGAGUAGAGUUAAGAUCGACGAGAGGGAAGAAUCAUGAUGCUAAUACGGUCAAGAUACAAACUUGUGAAAAAUUUUGGCAUUUCUGUUUCUGGGUCUCUUGGAAUAUGCAUGCACUCGACGACAAGCGUGUUGGAGAGUCUUCAAAAUCGUGUGUUGAAGGUUUGGGAUCCUAUGAGUCCAGUGGUUCCUGUUCUGGACCAAUGGGUCGAAGAAGGCAGAGAAGUCACCGAAUUUCAGUUCCGUGAUCUCGUUCGUUGCCUCUCUCAAUUUCGUCGCUUCACACAAGCCCUUCAGGUGAUGGAAUGGAUGUGUAAUGAAAGGAACCAUGACUUGUCUCCAGGAGGCAUUGCAAUACAGAUCGGCCUAAUUUCAAAAGUCCAUGGUCUUGAACAAGCUGAUAGAUAUUUUAGAAGUAUCCCUGACGCUAAAAUUGGGUUUAAGACAUAUGCUGCACUUUUAAGAUGCUAUGUGGAGCAUAAAUCUCUGGAGAAAGCAGAGGCUGUCAUGAAGAAAAUUAAGGAGUUUCAUGAUCUGAAUAUAACUGAGUGUUAUAAUCUGAUGCUGAAACUAUAUGGUCAGAUGGGUAAAUAUGAAAAAUUGGAUAGGUUGGUGCGAGAAAUGAAAGAGAAAGAUAUCUCUAAUGCUCGAACAUAUACGUUUCAGUUAAAUGCAUAUGUGGCUGCCACAGACAUAGAGGGGAUGGAGAAGUUACUUAUGCAAAUGGAAGCUGAUCCCGUGGCAACUGUGUACUGGCAUACAUAUUGUAGUGCAGCAAAUGCUUAUAGGAAAGUACAUAAUAUUGAGAAGGCCAUGGCCAUGUUAAAGAAAUCAGAGCAUUUAGCCAAAGGCAAGACCAUGAGACAUGCUUAUGAAUCUAUUCUAACUAUGUAUGCUCAUAUUGGGAACAAGGAUGAGGUUUACAGGCUUUGGAAUGUUUUGAAAAGUCUUAAAAAUUCCCGCAACUCAUGUUACGUAUUCAUGUUGAGCUCUUUAGUAAAGCUGGGUGACAUUGAGGGGGCAGAGAAGAUUUUGGAAGAAUGGGAAUCUCAAUAUAGAAAUUUUGAUUCCAGAAUUCCAACUAUAAUGAUCAGUGCUUAUUGUAAAUGGGGUCAGGUUGAUAAGGCUGAGGCCUGUCUCAAAAGGCUUUUGGAUGGUGGCAAGCCAUUAGAUGAAAGAUCUUGGGACCGACUGGCAUGUGGCUAUCGUGCAGAUAAUGAUAUGGAAAAAGCAGUUCAGGCAAUAAAGAAAGCUGUCUCGGCAAAUCUAGCAGGAACGAAACCAGAUCUUUUCACUCUAGUUCCUUGUGUUAAAUACCUGAAAGAGAAAGGAGACUUGGAUUUAGCCCUUGAGAUUCUUAAGUCAUGCAUAGAACAAGAUCAUAUCUCAGUCACUUCCUAUGAUGGAUUGGUAAGUUAUGUUCAAAAUGAAACCCCACAUACAGAACCCCUUGAUCAGUUCUCUCUUGAUGAGGAGAACUGAUUUCUUUCCUCUAUUUGCUAUUACAAUGUGGAGAGGUUCAACACAUAUAUCUUCACAUUGGUAAAAUAUUAUCUGUAUUAGAUCAAAUUUUUUUUGAAGGUCUUAUAUAUAUAUAUAAACUCAUGGCCAUCUCAUAUCUAUUUUUUAUUUGAUCUAAUAUCUUGUUGUUUUA